GCUGACAGGACACCGUACCCAUAAGGCAGCCAAGGGCAGUGAUCAGUGGGCAUCAGUUUGUCUUUGGGGCUGUAGCACCUGCUACUAAUUGCUGCAAAGAGCUCAGCCGUCACUGUGUGGUUUAGCACACUCAGCUCUCUCCUGUAUGUGCUGUGAGAAGCAGGACAGCUAAUUGCUGUUGCUUCAGCGCCAGUGAAUCGACAUGCUGAGCUAAUAGCGACAGAUAGAGGGCAGACAGAUUCCUGCUAGCAGCUUCCAGUUAGUUGCUUGUGAUAACUAAGGCAGUUGGCAUACCUCUCAGAACGGGGAGAAAGAAAGAUAGUAUGCCUCCUGGGUUGAUUAUGUUGAGGUGAUUUUUUUUUCUCCUCUAACAUUUUCCUGAUGAUACAAGACUGGAUAUUAAUGCCUCACAGAAUCAAGAAGUGUAACGUGUGAACGAAUAGCCUUGGACCUAGGUGAUGAACACGGGUUGUUUCGGAAGGGAUGUGCAGGAGGCAGCCUUGGCAAGAAAACUUGCUGCAUAAUCUCACAUGGGCUAAAGAUGAAACUUUAAACCGGCAAAUCAGCCUUGAGUGGAACUUGACAGAAGAUGUUACAACAGUUUUAUCUCUGGAAAUGGUUAGCUUCGGGGAUCAUCCUUGGCUCUUUCUUCGGAAUCUGCUUUGGCCAGUAUGAAGAUGAUUGCAAACUAGCUAGGGGAGGACCACCAGCUACCAUCGUCGCUAUUGAUGAAGAGAGUCGGAAUGGUACCAUCAUAGUGGAUAACAUGCUGAUCAAGGGGACUGCUGGGGGACCAGACCCCACCAUCGAGCUCUCUUUAAAGGACAACGUGGACUACUGGGUGCUGCUGGAUCCCAUUAAGCAGAUGCUGUUCCUGAACAGCACGGGCAGAGUUCUGGAUAGAGAUCCACCAAUGAACAUACACUCCAUCGUGGUGCAAGUCCAGUGUGUCAACAAAAAAGUGGGCACUGUUAUCUACCAUGAAGUUCGAAUCGUGGUGAGAGACAGGAAUGACAACUCACCCACAUUCAAGCAUGAAAGCUACUAUGCCACUGUGAAUGAGCUCACUCCAGUUGGCACCACGAUAUUUACAGGAUUUGCAGGAGACAAUGGAGCUACAGACAUCGAUGACGGCCCAAACGGACAGAUAGAAUAUGUGAUUCAGUAUAAUCCAGAUGAUCCGACAUCCAAUGACACCUUUGAAAUUCCCCUCAUGUUGACUGGAAAUGUAGUGUUAAGGAAAAGGCUCAACUAUGAAGAUAAAACACGCUACUAUGUCAUCAUUCAAGCCAAUGACCGUGCACAAAAUCUGAAUGAACGGCGAACCACCACCACCACCCUCACAGUGGAUGUUCUGGACGGAGAUGACUUGGGCCCAAUGUUUCUUCCUUGUGUCCUGGUGCCAAACACGCGUGACUGUCGUCCUCUCACCUAUCAAGCUGCCAUACCUGAGCUGAGAACUCCGGAAGAACUGAACCCCAUCAUCGUUACCCCACCCAUCCAAGCCAUUGAUCAGGACCGGAAUAUUCAGCCGCCGUCAGAUAGGCCAGGCAUCCUCUAUUCCAUCCUUGUUGGGACUCCUGAGGAUUACCCACGAUUUUUCCAUAUGCAUCCCAGGACUGCAGAACUUAGUCUCCUGGAGCCAGUAAACAGAGACUUUUACCAGAAAUUUGAUUUGGUUAUUAAGGCUGAACAGGACAAUGGUCAUCCUCUCCCUGCCUUUGCCAGUCUACAUAUUGAAAUACUGGAUGAGAACAAUCAGAGCCCGUAUUUCACGAUGCCCAGUUAUCAAGGCUACAUCCUAGAAUCUGCCCCAGUGGGAUCAACUAUUUCCGACAGUGUAAAUUUGACCACCCCUCUAAGAAUUGUGGUUCUAGACAAGGACAUAGAAGAUACGAAAGACCCAGAGCUUCACCUUUUCCUGAAUGACUACACCUCCGUGUUCACCAUCACACCAACUGGAAUCACCCGCUUCCUCACCUUACUGCAGCCAGUGGACAGGGAGGAACAGGACACUUACAUCUUCUCGAUGACGGCCUUUGAUGGUGUGCAAGAAAGCCAGCCAGUUGUUGUCAAUAUUCGGGUGAUGGAUGCAAAUGAUAACACUCCAACAUUCCCUGAAAUAUCCUAUAAUGUCUACGUUUAUACAGACAUGAGCCCUGGGGAUAGUGUCAUACAGCUCACUGCAGUCGACGCAGACGAAGGGUCAAAUGGGGAGAUCUCCUAUGAAAUCCUGAUUGGGGAUCAGGGAGACUUCAUCAUCAAUAAAGAAACAGGGCUUAUCACCAUCGCUCCAGGGGUGGAACUGAUCGUUGGGCGGACCUAUGCGCUCACUGUCCAGGCCUCGGAUAAUGCUCCCCCUGCAGAGAGAAGGCACUCCAUCUGCACUGUGUACAUUGAAGUGCUUCCUCCGAACAAUCAGAGCCCUCCCCGCUUCCCACAGGUGAUGUAUAGCCUCGAAGUCAGCGAGGCCAUGAGGACUGGUGCUGUUUUAUUAAAUCUACAGGCAACUGAUCGAGAGGGAGACCCAAUAACAUAUGCCAUUGAGAAUGGAGAUCCUCAGCGAGUUUUCAAUCUUUCAGAAACAACUGGGAUUCUAACCUUAGGGAAAGCCCUGGACAGGGAGAGCACCGAUCGCUACAUUCUAAUCGUCACUGCACACGAUGGCAGGCCAGAUGGGACCUCAACGGCCACAGUAAACAUAGUGGUGUCAGAUGUCAAUGACAAUGACCCAGUGUUUGAUCCCUAUCUGCCUAGAAAUCUGUCUGUGGUGGAAGAAGAAGCCAAUGCCUUUGUGGGUCAAGUCAGGGCAACUGACCCUGAUGCUGGAAUAAAUGGCCAAGUGUACUACAGUUUGGGUAACUUCAAUCAUCUUUUUCGUAUCACAUCCAAUGGGAGCAUUUACACAACAGUGAAGCUUAACAGGGAAGUCAGGGACUACUAUGAACUUCUUGUUGUGGCAACCGAUGGAGCAGUACACCCUCGUCAUUCAACUCUAACACUGGCCAUCAAGGUGUUGGAUAUUGAUGAUAACAGUCCUGUGUUCACCAAUUCAACAUAUACUGUUGUCGUUGAAGAGAAUCUGCCAGCUGGGACCAUCUUCCUUCAAGUAGAGGCCACAGACGUUGACCUUGGAGCAAAUGUGUCUUAUCGGAUAAGAAGCCCAGAAGUGAAGCACCUUUUUGCAAUGCACCCAUUUACAGGAGAACUCUCCCUUUUAAGGAGUUUGGACUAUGAGUCAUUUCCAGACCAGGAAGCAAGUAUCACUUUCCUAGUGGAGGCCUUUGAUAUUUACGGCACAAUGCCACCUGGGAUUGCUACCGUCACAGUGAUAGUAAAGGAUAUGAAUGAUUACCCUCCAGUGUUUAGUAAACGCAUCUACAAAGGGAUCGUGGCUCCAGAUGCUGAGAAGGGUACACCGAUCACAAGUGUUUAUGCUGAGGAUGCAGACCCUCCUGGAUUACCUGCAAGUCGUGUGAGAUAUAGAGUAGAUGGUGUCCAGUCUCCUUAUCCUGCCAGUAUUUUUGAUGUAGAAGAAGAUUCUGGAACAGUAAUAACUCGAGUCAAUCUUAAUGAAGAACCUACGACCAUUUUUAAGUUGGUGGUUAUUGCGUUUGAUGAUGGUGAGCCUGUGAUGUCCAGCAGUGCCGUGGUGAAAAUCCUUGUCUUACAUCCCGGAGAAAUCCCACGUUUCACACAAGAGGAAUACAGGCCUCCUCCCGUAAGUGAACUUGCAGCCAGAGGGACUGCAGUGGGUGUAAUUUCUGCUGCGGCCAUCAAUCAGAGCAUCGUGUACUCCAUUGUUUCAGGAAAUGAGGAGGGUAAGUUUGGAAUUAAUAACAUCACGGGUGUUAUCUACGUGAACGACCUUCUGGACUAUGAAACAAGGACAAGCUAUGUACUUCGAGUCCAAGCUGAUUCCCUGGAAGUGGUCCUUGCCAAUCUCCGAGUUCCUUCAAAAAGCAAUACAGCUAAGGUAUAUAUUGAGAUUCAGGAUGAAAAUGAUCAUCCCCCAGUGUUUCAGAAAAAAUUCUACAUUGGAGGUGUGUCUGAAGAUGCAAGGAUGUUUGAUUCUGUGCUCAAAGUUAAGGCUACUGAUAAAGAUACUGGCAAUUACAGUGCCAUAGCAUACAGACUCAUAAUUCCACCAAUCAAAGAAGGAAAAGAAGGAUUUGUGGUGGAAACAUAUACAGGGCUUAUCAAAACGGCCAUGCUCUUCCAUAACAUGAGGAGGUCCUACUUCAUGUUUCAAGUCAUCGCAACUGACGACUAUGGGAAGGGACUAAGUGGCAAAGCAGAUGUACUUGUCUCUGUUGUCAAUCAGCUGGACAUGCAAGUCAUUGUUUCUAAUGUGCCCCCCACUCUAGUGGAAAAAAAGAUAGAAGAACUUACAGAGAUUUUGGAUCGCUAUGUUCAGGAGCAAAUUCCCGGUGCCAAAGUGGUGGUGGAGUCCAUCGGUGCUCGCCGGCACGGAGAUGCCUUUUCUCUGGAAGAUUACAGCAAGUGCGACUUGACCGUCUAUGCAAUCGACCCUCAGACCAAUCGAGCCAUCGACAGAAAAGAGCUUUUUAAAUUCCUGGAUGGCAAACUGCUCGAUAUCAAUAAAGACUUUCAACCGCAUUAUGGGGAAGGAGGACGCAUUCUGGAGAUCCGGACUCCAGAGGCAGUGACCAGCAUCAAGAAGCGAGGAGAAAGUCUAGGCUACACAGAAGGGGCCUUGCUGGCUCUGGCCUUCAUCAUUAUCCUCUGCUGUAUUCCUGCCGUCCUGGUGGUGUUGGUCAGCUACAGACAACGCCAAGCCGAGUGCACCAAGACAGCACGCCUCCAAGCUGCUGCUGCUGCGAUGCCCCCGCCCAAGCCCGCAGCUCCUGCCCCGGCCCCAGUGGCCGCACCCCCGGCACCGCCACCUCCGGGUGCGCAUCUCUAUGAAGAAGUUGGGGACAGCACAAUUUGGAGUUUUUGUUGGCAGCUGGUCUUAUGCAUGAGAACUUGUACUUUUUGGCGGAGUCUGACAAGGAGAGGUUAUUCAUCGGAGCAACAACAACUGCUGAGGCCUUCUCUUCUUAACCCAGAGGAGUUAUCCAUGGAGUCUGGAAUUGAUCCUGGCCAGGAAUAUGGACAAGAUUAUUACAGUUAUGAGCAUGGGUAUGAAAUGCCUCAAUAUGGAAGUCGCCGUCGCUUGUUACCACCGGCUGAACAAGAGGAAUAUGGUGAGGUGGUUGGUGAAGCUGAGGAGGAAGAAGAGUGGGCAAGAAAAAGAAUGAUCAAGUUAGUUGUUGAUCGAGAUUAUGAAACUAGCUCAACUGGAGAAGACAGCGCUCCUGAGUGCCAGAGAACCCGUCUUCACCAUCCGAAUAUCCACAGUAACAUCAAUGGCAACAUAUACAUUGCACAGAACGGUUCUGUGGUGAGAACCCGCCGUGCCUGCCUCAUGGAUAACUUUCAAGUUGCUUCCCCUGUGCGACUGGGGAGGCAUUUUAAGAAACUGGACAAGUUGGCAGUGACCCAUGAGGAGAACAUCCCCCUGAACACGUUGUCAAAGGGGCCAUUUUCUACUGAGAGAAUGAACACAAGACCAACUCUGGUUACAUUUGCCCCUUGCCCACUGGGGACUGACAGUACAGCCGUGAAGCCAUUGGGGAACAGGGUGAAAAGCACAGUCGAAGAGGAGUCGGUGAUUGACAGUAAGAGCAUCAAGGAAGCUUUGGAAUUCCAUAGUGACCACACGCAGUCAGAGGAGGAGGAGCUUUGGAUGGGCCCUUGGAACAACCUCCACAUACCAAUGACAAAACUGUGACCGAUUUUUACAGAAAAGUAUUUUCAUUUUUACUUCCGUUUUUAAUAAACUGUGCUUUUUAUUGUCACUGAGAAAAUAAUGUAUGGGAUUUGUAUCAGGCACACAAGCUAAAACUUUGAACAAUAUGCUUUAAAAUUAAAAAAUUGACAGAUUUGCACUGACAUUUGUAUCAAUUAAUUGUUCUUCCCAGAAAAUCUUUUGGGACAGACUCUCAAUUCACAAGAUAAUAUAUCAUUUAAAUAUUUAGUUGUCUUAGUGGGGCUUGCAUUUUUUCUCAUUUUAAUAAACAAGAAAUAAUUUACUAAGUAAUUAUAUAUUUUUUUUGGUUGGCAUAAGUUGUCAUCUCUAGCGUCCUAGAAUUUUUUUAGUACAUUUUACUUUUCAUUAAAAAAAAAUGGGGAAAAUUUUGUAUUAGACUAGGAUUUUACAGAUAGUGGGUUUAUACAACUGCUGUCUAUACCUGCUGAUUUUUUAACUGGAAGAUAGAAUGACAAAGUGAUAGUAAGUGUGGGAAUCUUCUGUAAGUGAUUUAGAAUCAUGAGUCUAUUUCCCUUUUUGUCUAGUAUAAAGAUUAAGUUUUUACAUGUGUAUAUGUUGACUUUUUAAGGAACACUGAGGUCAUAUCUCUUUUAUAAAUAUCAUUUACAAUUUUCCCUGGUGUCCCACUCACUACACAUAAAUACACACGACAAAUGCUCUUCGUACCAAACAUAAUUGGCAAUUUUGUUUAGCCAUCUGAAGUUAAAUAAUUAUUUGGAGCAUCACAGAAAUCUCAGUAAAAUGUUACUGAGAUAGGAAAGGGUCAAAUUGGCCAUAAUGCAUCUAGAUUCUAGAACCACAAUUUCGGUAAGAAAGAUGUAGUAAGAUCAGAGAAGUUUCACACUAAUAUCACUAGACAUGAAUAUUUUAUCAACUCAGUAUAAAGGAAUUUGGUAGGAUCAAAAAUUUACAUAAUAUGUGAAAUGCCUAUAAAGGCUAUAAAUCCAUAGCUUCAAAUAUAUCAUAGCAUAUCACUUCUUCCAGAUCCAGUUUAUAGAAUAUUUUAACACAAAUAAUAUUUACGUGCAUAAGACACAGAACCAGAAAAUGCUCACCGGGCAUUUUUUUAAUCAAAGGUAAACCUUGGAACAAAGCACAGUGUUUCACCAUUAACAUAAAUGAAAACAAAGUAUCCUUUUAAAAUUUCCCUUGUGUGUUGCAUACUUUUCAGAUAUAAAAAUGAUGAAACAAUAUAGUUUAAGAGAAUUCAAAAUUCUAUUGAAUAUGAUUCAGUAUGCUAUACAUACAACUCACCUCAAAUUUUGCACAGCACUGACCAAGUUUAGAUUUAAGUAAAAUUCUCUCAUGCAUGUUUAUUAUAUGGUUGAAAGACUGAAUAGUGCUCUAUCAUUUACUUUGCUAUCAUGUUUCAUAUUUUUAAAAUAGUUUAAUAUAGUGCUAUUUCCUUAUUUCUAAAGUGAAUGGAUUGUAUGUAACAAACUUGCCAACUUACAUGAGUAGUAUGUUUUAAUUUAAGGUUUCAAAAGUAUUUGAGAUCAAAUACAGUAACAUCUCAUUUAUCUGACAUUAUUGAAAAUUAAUACAUUACAUACAUACCUUGCUAGAAAAACUAUCAGAAUUAACUGGGAGCUUGUUAGAAAGAUAGACUCUUGCCCACACUCUCAGGUCUACGCAACAAGAAUCCAUGUUCUUACAAGAUCCCAAGGGUGUUUAUAUGCAUAUUAAAUUUUGAAAAUUAAUUAUACCAUUGAAACCCAGGGCUUUCUUGAAGCACCAAAGUGAUUGCUUUUAGUAUAAAAUAUUUUAGAUAGGAAUUAGAUUAAGCAUAUUAUAUUUUCUUACUUGCUCAAUUAGAGAUCACUAAAUAUAAUUUAAUGUUUUCCUGAUGUUCUGGGGUCAUCUCAACUAGUGUCCCAUGAGAUUCUCUUUGCAUACAGCUUUAUGAAUUUUUUUUGCUUUGUCCAAAUUCAGGCUAUGAUAUUUAGCUAAUUCUGUCACUGUGCCUCUCUCUAAAAUGCAUCUUCCCGUUUACUUCUAAUCUCCUGGUGAGAAAGUUUGUGUCUUUGUUUGUU